GGCGGCGGGCUCGGAACUGUAGAUCCAGCGGCGGGGAGAGGCCCAGGAUUGCCCCCUCGUGGGGCGUUGUCUGCGACGAGGCGGAAGCCCCAAAGCUCCGAGGUCUGUCAAACCUGUCUAAGAAGCCAAACCAUGGAUCCACCUGCACGUAAAGAAAAACCCAAAGUUAAGGAACCCGUCAGCAGAGUUGAGAAGGCUAAGCAGAAAUCAGCCCAGCAGGAGCUGAAGCAAAGACAAAGAGCAGAGAUCUAUGCACUGAACAGAGUCAUGACAGAGCUGGAGCAGCAGCAAUUCGAUGAGUUCUGUAAACAGAUGCAGCCUCCUGGAGAGUGACCCCCACCCCUUGCUGUGUUCAAGCUGCAUGGGACCCUGAAAGCUUUGUGAGCGUAUUACCAGUUUUAACCUGAGACCACCCAUUUGGAGCCUCCCUGAACUAGACAAGAAGAACUUUAUGGAUAAAUCUGAAUUUACAUUUGUAACUUCCAUUUCACUGGUUCCUCCAUUCUGAAUUGGCCUCCUGCUUAGUGAGGAGACUUGUUUUCUUCUUGUAAAACAGUAGAUUGUUUUUUAAAAAACCUUUUUCUAUUGUUUGAGAAAAAUCAGUGUUUCUUUUGAAACUGUAUAUCUUCUCUAAAAAUGCAAAUAAAGUACUAAUAAAACAUUCAUUUCCUCACACCUUAGCAAGUGCCUAACCACAAAAAGUGGAGUACAGAAGAAUAUAAUAGGAAAGUGGAGGUGAGCAGAGGCACUCUUUGUCCUUCAGGAGUGAGGUGGGAAGGAGAGAGAACAUGACUGC